GAGCGGACUCGCAGCAAGGACAGCUCCGCACAGAGAAAGCGGGAGCCCCGGGUGCCCGGGAGCAGCGGCCGGGCCCGGGGGGUGGGGGCUGCUCUCGAGCCCUGACGUAAAAACUAAGCGGGGCUGCCCGCUCCGGCUUCUUAAGGAGCGCGGCGGCGGCAGCGGGCUCGGAGAGCCCUGCCCUGGCCGGAGCCUGCCCGAGUGACAUAAUGGAUCUUGGAAGCAGAAGAAGAAUCCCCUGCACCAUGAGACUCACCUGCUCUCUCCUGCUCAUGGCAGUGUUCUGUGUGACACCUCUGCUCUGCCACAGCCAAGUUGAUCCACUGGCUCUUGGGCGGGCAGACCCGCAGUGCUGGGAAUCCUCCUCGGCUGUUUUACUGGAGAUGAGGAAGCCUCGCAUUUCUGACUCUGUCAGUGGCUUUUGGGACUUCAUGAUCUUUCUGAAAUCCUCAGAGAACUUGAAACAUGGGGCUUUGUUCUGGGACCUGGCUCAGCUCUUCUGGGAUAUCUAUGUGGACUGUGUGCUCUCCAGAACCCAUGGGCUGGGGAGAAGGCAGCUGUCAGAAGCUGUCAGAAACCCCAAGAUGGCUACUCUACAUUCUCAGUUCACAGGGAGAAACCAAGGGAUGUUUUCUCAUAUUCAGAGGUCACCAGUUCUGAAGAAGAAAGACUCAUUUGAAGAUUUAAUAAGUAUCCAUAUACAUAAGAGUAGAUCUAUAUUACUCGGAAGAGUCAUUGGAAAGCUAGGAAAAAAGAGGAAAUUACACAUUUAGUCUAAGAUUUUGAUUUGUGGAUAAUUUUUAACUACUUCUAUUUAUUUUUUGUAUUUUAAUCCCCAUUGAUGUCAAUUCAUGUGGUGGAAGAAGGCAUGUAACCUCAAGUACGACAUCUCUGAUUAACUUGGACUUAUGGGUUUUCUUAAUCACCAAUGAAUUAAGUCUCCUUACUAAACUGCAUGAUUUAUAAGCAGUUGCCUACUUUAAUCUGUGUGUAUAUCAGGCUUCUUGUAAUACAUGUGAUCUGUUCAAACUAUGGUCUUUUGGGUGCCAAAACAAGAAAUAACUGAUUCUUCAAUAAAAUAUAGACAAGCAGAGAAGGAAUUUGUCAAAAAACCUCCACUGGCUACAAGACAGGAUUAGAGAGGCGAUGGUGAUGUUUGGUUGUAUGCAGAGCUGUACACUUGUACAGAGCAACCCCUGCUCAGAGACUACAAGAGACUUCAUCUUACUGAAGAAAAAU